AUGGAUUUCAAGAAUCUAAAAGCGAUAUCUCUUAAAAAAAUUAAAGUGAAUUCUACAGAAUCUUUCAAUAAUGUUGGUAAUUUGAGAUUUUUCCUGGACAUAAAGGUAACUUACUAUGAUGUUGGAAUUCAUUUAAAUCAUAAAUAUUAUGUGUCUAAUUUGCUUAAGAAGACAAAUACGGAUAAUGCAAAGUCUGUUUCUAUUCCUAUGUUUGCUGCUUCUAAUGUUAUUGACACUUCUCCUUUAUUUGCCGAUACUUCUUUGUGUAGAAUUACAACUGGUGCUUUACAAUAUGCAACAGUUACAAGACCUGGCAUUUCCUCUUUUGUUAACAGAGCUUGUCAGAAAAUGGAGGCUCCAACUGAGGAUGAUUUGAUUGGAAUCAAAAGAAUUUUGAGAUAUCUCAGUGGUACUUUAGGAUAUGGUUUGCAGUUUAGGAGAGCAACUUCUUUACAUCUUCAAGCAUAUUCUGAUGCAGAUUGGACUGGAGAUUAUCUGGAUAAGAGAUCAACAAGUGGCUUUUUUUUGGGGGGGAAAUUUAAUUUCUUGGUGUUCCGGAAAACAAAAGACUACAUUUAG